GUGUAACAAAUACACACAAUUACGAACGAAAGAAAAACACUGAUAGACUUGUAAUUAAACAAACCAAGUAACAACAAAUCGACUCAAUCAAACCAGGUACAUCCGAGUUUCUACAUCCUACCAUGGAGGGAGAAGGAACAGAAAUCUUAUUCCACCCGGUUUCUGGUGGAGGCGAAGUGAACUUGCUUCAGUAUUGCACGACCGAAGAAACAGAAGAAGUUCGAGGACUAGGAAAGGAAGUGGUAGCUACUGGUAAUUGCGAUGACGAGGGCGAGGGCGUGGAAAGAUCUUUUUUUCCAUCUCCAGUCAAUGAAGAAGAAUCAGUAAAUGAAGAACAAGAACGUCAACCUGAAAGUACCAAUAGAGCCUUUUUCCCAGCGUCAAGAGAGCAGACCUCAUCCUCACCGCCGAAUCGAAUCGAUUCUCUCGUCGAGGAUGAUGAUUCCGAAUCUUUCGACCGGGAUGAUACUAACGAAACGAACACCGACAGAUUCCACCCGGCACUCAAAGCUGCGCUUUAUACGGAAGGACAAGAGGCUGUAUGGCACGAAGACCAAUACACUUCGGUCUCAUCUGUGUACGUCAAACCUGAGAAGCAGGAGACCUCGUCGACAUCAAAUCCCCAAAAGAAGCAUCGGCAAAAAAUGAAGCUUCCGUUUUUCAAGUCACGCGCAAAGAAGCAGGAGGCUGCCGCUGUGGAGGUUGAGCCUACACCCCGACCUGUAAAAAUUCACGUCCGGAAACAAAAAGUCGCAAAAGCUGUGGUUUUAUUGCCACCAAAGCAAGAAGAAGUUGGUGUUGAAUUGAACAUAGAAAAUUCCUCUCAGGACAACACCAGUCAGAAAGAAAGACUAAUGAAAGAGAACGAGAUGCACGCUGCCAUAGCUGAGAACAGCAAACAGGCACGUCGUCUGUUAGAUACUGUUCUAUCAGGAAGUUGUCUUGACGAAGAAGAGUCUGACAGGAUGGUGAAGGAAGCAUUCAAUCACGCGGCAACCGCACGUCGAAUUGCCGAAGCUUUGAACGAAGUAGGAGUCUUUCAAGAAGAGAUUGAGUUGGAAAAUGUUGUAAGCUACCUGGCUGAAGAGGGCGAACAAGCAGCCUUGCAAUACAGGCAACAACAAAUCGAGCAAGCCAGCUAUGAAGGAAUCGAUGGCAACAACUCCAAUGAUGUAGAAGCCAGCACAGUGGAAAGCGAUGCGUCCAAAAAACAGCGACGGGGUAAGUUUGGCGUCUCUGAAUAUGCUUCUCGCGCCGUGAACUAUCUCGAAUCGAUUAUUCCCAAAAGUAUUACGGGUUAUAAAAACAAUUUUGAUGUUGAAGGUGCAGAGAAGGGCAAUAAUGGCGCAGACUUUUGGUCAGAUGCUGGUAUUUCAACUCUAGGAUUGAAAAACGAUACCUUGGAAUAUGGAUUUUCUGUAGAGGGAGAUGCAAACGACCCAGAUAAUCGCACCGAUCACGAUGAAGCUGGUUUGUUACGCAACGCUGACAUGAUGUCACUUUCAUCGCUCAAUGAAAUACUUGAUGGGGGCGGUACUCGAUCAACCGAUCCUAAGAAAAAGGAUCUAGAAGGGGAAGGCCGGAGCGCAGAACUGCAAAAAUCUGGGAAGGGAGAUCUAUCUCCUAGAAGUGCUGUCCGAGAAAUUGGAAUCCCUAGAAAGCGAAAGAAUGGACCUCCGCCAACUGAGCCAAGACGCAAUCGUGGUGGAAUAUUGGGCCUUAUGACUCCAAGAACUACGAAAUCUUCAAGAAGCGAAACGAAAAAGAAGGUACCAGAUGCAAGCGAUAGUACAAACAGCGAGAAAAAGUGGGGUGUUUUUUUCAGAACUCCACGUGGGAGUGAAGGAGUACCUAGUCAACUCCAUCUGGUUGUGGAAGAAACGGACGAAGAUCGCUGCGAAGAUGAAAACUCUGUAAAACCUACGUCAGAUCCAGCGGAGGGUCUCGUCGAAGCUUACUCUGAUUCGUGCCUUGGUGUCCCUAAAGACAAUCGCUAUACACCUGCUUUUGUCUCGGAAGAAACCAAAGAUUCCGUAAACGAAAAGGAGGUCAAAAUUUCGGGAGAAACACCUAAGAAUUAUCAACAUUUGGAAAGCGGUCAUGAUGAAGACAACGAUCUCUCCGAGAAUAUUAAUACGGAUAAAGAUGAUUUGAGUACGUCAAGUGGUACUGAAGGGAGUGAACCAAAAACUCGUGACCGUUACCAAACGGAGCCUAUUGGAAAGACACCCCGAAGAGCUGGGUUGGAAGUAGAAGAAAACAUCAAUAGAAGACAAGGAACUGAAGAAAAAUCAAGGAAAAUCGGAUCCAACGAACACGAAGGAAAGUCAACGGCAGCUUCUGAUGGAGCAAAAAGCAAGAUGUUCGGCCAUGUCGUUGAUAGUACGGGAAAGUGUAAGCGAAAGCCGCUGGUUCCAAACACUGUCGUCGAGGAAACGUUUGUUGUCGAAAAUGGUAUUAAAAAAACUUCAAGCAAACUGCAUCGUAUUCGUGAAGCAACGUUGCAGGAACAGGAUGAAACGCAACCACUGGCUCCGCGUAUGUCAAAGCCCACUGUCGGUCAAAGAGUCAAGACAAUAUCAAAAACAAAGAAUGCAUCAACCAGACCCUCGUACCCAUCUAUCAACGAUAGCAGCACCGUAUUCAAACAGGCCAUCACGAAAGGCAACUUGAAGGCAGUUGAAUCGAAUGAAGAAGGCGACGAUGUGGUGCCUUUUAAUUACCUUACUGUGAUGCUGAAGAAACAGAUUGAAGAAAAAGUGAAAACGAGUGGUCCCUCUGGCACCGAGAUACAGGAAAGCCCAGAUCAACACAUUUCAGAUCCAAAACCCGAUGCCGAUAGUUUUGUAGCGGCAAUUCGUGGUCCACGACAUAAAGAGGCCCCCGGUGUUGCUCUGGAGGAAAUUGCGAUGCGAAAUCACCAAAAUAAUCGGGACCCCACUAUUGGAAUCGGCACGGACGAAAUUCUUGUUGACCUUGCUCCAACACCGAGACGUCCAGCUCGUAGAAGUUCUUUCGACGAUAAAAAGGAUGAGAUGGAAUACAACAAAAGCAAGGAAGAAAUGGAUGACAAACAAGAUGAAAAGUGUAUCAAAACUCGCGAUCCACCUAUUGAGGACGAAGAGAAUGAACGACUUCGUCGGAAAAUGAUCACUGAGCGUCUCUUCCAAGCGGGAAGCUCGAGCUUUCAAGAAGAUUCCAAGAUGAACGAUGCCAUGAAGACUGUUCCGACCGUUAUGUCUGCAGAAAGUUACGGAGAAGAACCAGUUGAAGACCGAGUGCAGAUCCGCUUGAAUCCCGCGGACAGUGCCGACGAAAACAAUGAAAACCUCGAGAAAGAGGGUGCCGAUGAAAUCAGUCCUGGAACGCGAUUGGGUCGUGGUCGCCGAAAGCUUUCCAUGUCUUUUCUAAAAGUGGGCAAACGAAAACAUGUCUUAGGUCCUCAGUGAACAUAUAUGUUUCGUAUAUAUGUAGGUGAUAAGAGGCAUUGAUUAUGUCCUUUUAGUAUCUUUUUUGAAAGAUCAAUCGCUACGGUUAAUUUUCCAUUUCCAAAUUAGUAUUCAUCGUGGUCGUGAUCCCCUAUUGAACGUCAAAAGUAAAAACCAACAGCAGGAGUUAAUAAAAAAUAAGUAAACAU